AUGACAAUGGAUCAUGUUGCUUUGGUGGAUAAGUUGUAUGAAAAGGCUGCACAACAGUGGCAGCCCAAUCCCAUCCAGAAGAAGAUAAGCGUUAUCAAUAGUGUUGGGACUUCGCAGGUUUUGGCCCCAAACUGCCAGCAUCAAAUGGUUCCUCCCAACCGUAGAGCUAUGCGAAGAAGCAGCAGUCUCAAUGGUCUUGCAUUGAAGGCAGCCGUUGGUGGCCUCGAAGCUAUCAAGGAGGAAGAGAAGAGAAGCAAAGCGCGGAAAAUGAAUGAUCCUCUCAGUACAUCUCUUCAUCGUGGAAAUGGAAAGGCUAGCAGCAACAGUCUUGCCCACCGCGCAAGAACAGCAAAGACCCACAAAAGCCACAAGUCAGCAGGAUCCACCAAAAGCAGACAAUGCAUCAGAAAAACUGCAAGUUGCAAUGACGCGGUUUCUGCUCGAAAGGUGCUUCGUAGUCAAAGUCCUCGUCGACACACAACCAGUUCCAUAUUGCCUACCAGGAAUGUUCGCCGAAGCAGCAGUUUGGACCCCAAGAAAAUGAAGGAAGCCACGGGAAGUGCAGUUGCAGGAAGAAAAUCCAAGGAUGCGAAAAGUUCUUGCCGCCAUGGAAAAAAGCUCAAGGACAAGAACAUCUUGCGCAAAACCAGCUCUGGUAAACAUAGUGACAGUGACAGUGACAACAGUGGAGAGAAGAAGACAAGGAAACCAACCAAACACACACUCCGCAAGACCCAAAGUGGUGAAGAUGGCAUUACUCACAAGGACGAACGGCGGCCUGGCCGAGUAAAGCCCCUUCGUCGUGCAAGCAGUAUGGAUGCGGAUAUGAUGACAAAGGCUCUGGUGAAUGCGGAUAAAGAUGAGGAAAGAAACGCAAAGGUUUUGGAAAAUUCAGAAAGCCUUCAAAAAUCCACGAGCGCAGUCAUUUCUCGAAUGCACAAGAGACGAGACAAGAAGGACUCCCAGCGUAGUCGUCAUGCCACUCCUAGGGGCCAUACGAGUGAUGACAAGGAGGAGGCGUUGCCCUCCACUCACAAGCACUCCAGUGACCCAUCCUUGUUGAAAUUGAAAACAAAGGCUUCAGCGCCUCCAGAGAGGUCUCCCCGUCGUGCCAUUGACGAUGGACAUACUGACAAGAACAAUGACAAUGAUGACGAAGAAGAAAUGCCACCAAAGCGCAUCAGUGACCCUUCGUUGAUGUCCCGAGUGCAGCGCACACGCUCUCCCCGUCGAGUCACAACAGCUGGUGCAGCUAGGAACAGAGGGGCGGCAUACAAAAAUCAUCGUAUAGCGCAGCGUGCCUUGGCCUCGAUCAAUGAUAUUCCACCGAGGAAGAGCGGUACGGAUGGGGCAGAUGCUGACGACAAACCCAAGCGUGUAUCCAGUGAUCACAUUCGCCACCGUCGCCACCACCAUGGCAGUAAUCCUAGUCAUUCCUCUCGGCGUUCGGCGGAAAGUAUGGGGCAAGCAUCCAUGCAGCACAUGCUUGUUACCAACGGUGACUCUGACUCCGAUGAGGACGUGAAUCCUGCAGCUGCGGAUGAAGGGAUAUCUGCCUGCAUCCAAAAUGUCCUGGGAGAGGUGUUGGCAGUGCCUAGUCCCACGGCUGAAGUGUCGCCUCCAUCGGUUGCCUCUGCAUUCACUAAAGAACAACGCCAUCAAUCCUCAAGGACAGGUACCGGUAGUGGACGACUCAGCGGUGCUGCCCUCAAAGAACAUAUCAAGAAGUCCAUGAAGGAGAAAGAAGGAGGGACAGCCAGCAGUGACCCCGCCGAAAAAAACAAAUCGGUGGUAUCUCACCGAGGCAGCAAUACUCUAUCUACAUUUAUGGCGGAACGUACAAACCGCAAAAGUUCUGUAGUGGUUCCUUUUGGCCCGCAGGUUCCCAAAGAUGCCAUGAAAACAAAGGAAGUGAAAAAGAGGAAUGCUUCGUUUUUGGCCAUACCCUAUCAAACUGGAUUCUCAGACCUUGACGACGAUGAGUCUGUGCACAGUAGAGCGCAAAACAAGAAGAAUGGAUAAAUAUAGUUCAUAAAACAACCUAGCACACCAAUUCAUGUUUCACAA